AUGCACACUGACCUCCCCUCAUCGGAGGCUACUGCUUCAACUGCCGCGCAGGCGGAGACACUAAAGAUAACGCCCUUCCCCACCUUACUCUUUAGGCUUCAGCGAUCCUGCCUCUACCCGCCGACACGCCAUCCACCCUCCCUUCCCCAGCCGUUACCUACCCGCCGCCGACCGAGCCCUUCUCAAUCCCAGGCCGAUGACCUCCUUAUCGCCCAUGCUAUUCUUGGCAAUCUCACGGUCGCCGCCAAGCCCGCUGUUUCGUCCCGGUACAUGUGCUUCGUCGUUGCCGACUGGCUCCUCAACGCUGGCUCGGGGAUGGCGCUUCACGUUCGAUGA